GGCAUUUAUGUAUUCUUUACAUAAUGUGGGGGCGGGUCUCCACAAGUCUGAGGCUUUAGGGCCUUGAACUGAGGAGGAGGGUUUGGGAUGGAGGUGAGAAGGUGGUGCCAGGGCUGGUUUGUCUUGGAAGCCGUGGCCCUGGCCCCGCGGAGACAGAAGCCGUAGGCCGGGGCCGCGUUUUCUAAAGUACACCACGUUCCCAAUGGAUGAUGCUUGAAGAAAGAGCGUGAGGAGUCCAGCUGUAGCGCCAGAACCAAGGGAGCUGGUCAGGGAGAAGGUCCUCUAAGGACUUGACCUGAAGAGGUUUGGGGAAAGAAGGACCACAAAGGGCAUGUGAGCUAGCGAUGAAAGGGUGAACUGGGGACGAAACCAGUGGCCCUACUUUAGAAUACAGGAUAAGGCAUCAGGAAAUUCCAGGGUGAGGGAUUGUAAAAAAUGGAAAGGGUAGCACCCCAGAGUGUACCACCUUUGGUAAACUGCGGCCCUGAGGAAAUUGCCUUGCUCUAAAGGGGUGGGGGAUGAGAAUACCUCCCAAACCUGCACGUUGUUUUGUUUUUUGGAGACAUAAUCGCUCUGUCGCCCACGCUGGAGUGCAGUGGUGCGAUCCCGCCUCACUGAGCCUCCGCUUCCUGGGUUCAGGAGAUUCUCUUGCCUCAGCCUCUGGAGUAGCUGGGAUUACAGGCGCCCGCCACCACACCCAGCUAAUUUUUAUAUUUUUAGUAGAGAUGAGGUUUCACCAUGUUGGUCAGGCUGGUCUUGAACUGCUGACCUCAAGUGAUCCGCCUGCCUAGGUCUCCCAAAUUGCUGGGAUUACAGGUGCCUGCCACCAGGUCCGGCUGAUUUUUUUGUAUUUUUAGUAGAGAGGGUUUCGGGGUUUCACCAUGUUGCCCAGGCUGGUCUUGAACUUGUGAGCUCAAGCUGUUCGCCCACCUCGGCCUUCCAAAGUGUCAGGAUUACAGGCGAGUCACCAGGCCCGGCAUUGUAUGGAUUUCUCUAAGGUUAAACACUUUAAGAUGAGAAAAAUUGAUCUCUGUCUGAGCUCUGAAGGGUCCGAAGUGAUUUUAGCUACAUCAAGUGAUGAAAAACACCCACCUGAAAAUAUCAUUGAUGGGAAUCCAGAAACGUUUUGGACCACCACAGGACUGUUUCCCCAGGAAUUCAUUAUUUGUUUCCACAAAUAUGUAAAGAUUGAAAGGCUUGUAAUCCAAAGUUACUUUGUACAGACCUUGAAGAUUGAAAAGAGCACGUCUAAAGAGCCAGUUGAUUUUGAGCAAUGGAUUGAAAAAGAUUUGGUACACACAGAGGGGCAGCUUCAAAAUGAGGAAAUUGUGCAGAUAACAAGCCCCACUAAUGAAGACUCAUAAGCAGAAAAGACCCAGAAGGGGACUGCCCUGGGUCAGGUUCUCUAGAAGCAGAGCCUCCGACAAGGAUUCUUUGAAGAGUGAUUUAUUGAGGGAGCGCUCUCAGGAGAAACCUCUAAGGAAGUGAGAGAAGCAGGAUCAGGCAGAGGGAAAAAUUAAACAUAUGGCUUCUGCUGAAGUCUAGCCUCAGUCUGAUCCCACAGGGAGCUCUGAAGCAUGAUUGGCACCGGAGAAGUAGACUGCCCCACCUUGCAGCAAGGGAACAGGCUUUGGAGUUUCAAAUCCAUCAGUCAUUGGCUGUGGGCCACACAGGUGAAGGACAUAAUUUCACAGGUAUUUCUGGGUAAGACAGCUCCUGUCAUGAGGGCAAAUUCUCAGGAAAGUGCAUCUGUGAGCCAUUAGCAGCCAACACUCACAGCAGCUGGCUCAUGAGUACCAUGGCUUGGUCAAAGGCAUCUGGGCAGAGCACCAACAACACCUACUAUAGCAGCGGUUCUCAAAGUGUGGUUCCUGAGACAGCAGCAUCAGCCUCACCUGAGAACUUGUUAGUAAUGCAAAUUCCCUAGCUCAACCCCAGAUCUAUUUGAAUUGUAAACUCUGGAGAUGAGAACCAAGAAUCUGCGUUGCAGCAAGCCCUCCAGCUGAUUUUGUUGCAUGCCCAAGUUUGAGAACCAUUGAACUCCACUGGCCUAUGGCUAGCAACUCUCAAACAAAAGGAUUGGAAUUGAACCCAAACCUCUUGCAGUCUCCUGCACAUAGCCCUUUUCCCACCUUUGCCCUUGUAGUUCUCCCCACUUGAAAUGCCCUUCUCCCUUCCCAUCUUCUCCAGGCUCCCAUCUCAAAUUAUGGAAGUACUGGGCGUCUUUGAAGACCAAGCUCAAAUGCCACCAGCUCCAAAAACAUUGUUGGAUUCACCCAGCUCAGAGGAUUGCUGUCUCCUCUGUGCCCUCUGAGCGUUUAGUCUUCACUCUAACAUAUACUUCACCUUGAGUUAUGGUCAUUGGAGUGUAUGUCUGGUCCCCUGUGAGAUUAAGCUGCUGGAGGACAACAGCUCUCCCUCGUCCAUCUUUGCAUAACUCUGCACUCAGAAGAGAAUCAAUGCUCAAUGUUUGAUGCAUUAAGUUGAAGAGAAUCUAAUUGGAAAGCUGGGGGUCUAUUUCUGUCAUUCUGAAAAGCUCCUCAGUUCCAGCUACUAUUAUUUGUUGAAAAUGGGGAGAUUUCUUUGCAUUUAUAGACACGAAUUGGAAGACCAUCAGAGAAGUGAUUCAGAAGAGCCUUGCCUUAUAUCCUGUCUCCUUUUGUGGAACUUAAUACUUAGGAGGGACAGUGAGUGCUCAGCUGUGCUUCAGUCCCAUCAUUCUCACAGCUUAUCAUUUCCAGUAUAGCCUCACAAACUCAUGCCUGUAUUGGUCAUGAGUGGCUUUGGUAGGAUGGAGAAUUUUUACUCAGCAUCCCUAUUGUCUUGUCCUCCUUCCACCUCCAACCCCCAAAAAGAGGGCCCGAGGAAGCAGUUGUGGGACAAUAAUUAUGAUAAUCAUAAUAAUAGCCAACACUUCAUGACAUUCUCUCCAAGUCAGGCACAGUUUUGAGUGCUGUACUCAUGAAUCUAUGGACUAGGCACUAUUGAUACCCUGUUUUAUAGGUCAAGAUACCAAGGCAGCUUGAUCAAAGUCACCCAGCUGGCAGGAACAGAGCUAGGACUCUGGCCUUGAAGUUAAAGAUCCGGUUUGAAUCUUGGCUUGUUACUUACUAGUUCUGAGAAGUUUUGCAAGUUACUUAACUCUCUGAGCCUUGAUUUCCUCAUCUGUAAAAUGGGGAUAAUCAUCUCCUCUUUGAGAUAUAGAGAGAUUAAAUGAGAUAACAUAUCUGAAAGUGACUGUGCCUGCUAGAUGAUUAAUAAUAACUUUUUUUUUUUUACGGAGUCUUGCUCUGUCGCCCAGGCUGGAGUGCAGUGGCACGAUCUUGGCUCACUGCAAGCUCUGCCUCCCGCGUUCACGCCAUUCUCCUGCCUCAGCCUCCUGAGUAGCUGGGACUACAGGCGCCUGCCACCAGGCCUGGCUAAUUUUUUGUAUUUUUUUAGUAGAGACGGGGUUUCACCGUGUUAGCCAGGAUGGUCUCGAUCUCCUGACCUCCUGAUCCGCCUGCCUCGGCCUCCCAAAGUGCUGGGAUUACAGGCAUGAGCCACCGCGCCAAAGUGACAACAUUAAUAAUAUUAACUUUGUAGCAACUAAAGUAUAGCUAAAGAGAAUAUGUUCUCAUGCUAGCAAAA